GCUUCGUCCUCUCUCUUUCUCUCACCAUAGUUUCAAGCUCCAAAGCUCUUCAAUCAGAUUCUAGAAACUAGGUUUUUGGUAGAAGUUAUGAUGAGAAAUGAAGCUUAGAUUGAGAUUAAGUUAUGGGUUGUGUAUUUGGCCGAGAGGCGACAACAGCUGAACCUAAACAAGCUAAGAGCUCUAAAGCUAGUGGAGUAGUAGCUGGAGAGAGUAGUGUGCAAGUGACUACUAAGAGUAAUGGAGUUAUUGUGGAAGUAGAGAAGAAGAAUGAGGAGGAAAAUGGUGAUAAAGAAAGGAAAUCGAAAGGAGAUCGAAGAAGGUCGAAGCCUAAUCCGCGGUUGAGUAAUCCGUCGAAGCAUUGGCGUGGUGAACAGGUUGCUGCUGGUUGGCCUUCUUGGCUUUCUGAUGCUUGUGGUGAAGCUUUAAAUGGUUGGGUUCCGAGAAAAGCCGACACUUUCGAGAAAAUCGAUAAGAUUGGACAAGGAACAUAUAGUAAUGUGUACAAAGCUAAGGAUAUGUUGACUGGUAAAAUCGUUGCGUUGAAAAAGGUUCGUCCUGUUGUUAAGUUCUCCGAACCAGAGGUUAAAUGUAUUGAUCUUUGGAGUGCUGGCUGUAUUUUAGCGGAGCUAUUGGCGGGAAGACCUAUUAUGCCCGGUCGGACAGAGGUAGAGCAGCUCCAUAAGAUUUACAAGCUCUGUGAAGACCGCCAAACUGCAUCUGCUGCUCUAAAAAGUGAAUUCUUUACAAGUGAACCAUAUGCCUGUGAACCUGCUGAUCUACCUAAGUAUCCCCCGAGCAAAGAAAUGGAUGCAAAGCGACGAGAUGAAGAAACUCGAAGACAAAGAGCUGCUAGUAAAGCCCAAGGGGAUGGUGCAAGGAAGAAUCGGCACAGAGAUCGUUCAAAUCGAGCGCUUCCAGCUCCUGAAGCUAAUGCAGAACUUCAGUCAAAUGUCGAUAGAAGGAGAUUAAUCACACACGCAAAUGCAAAGAGCAAGAGCGAGAAGUUUCCGCCACCACACCAAGAUGGUGGAGCAAUGGGUGUACCAUUGGGUGCCUCACAGCAUAUAGACCCAACAUUUAUCCCACGAGACAUGGUCCCAUCAUUCACAUCCUCUUCUUUCAAUUUUUCCAAAGACGAACCACCAACACAAGUCCAGACGUGGUCAGGUCCUCUGGGUCAUCCAAUCACGGGCAUUUCCAGAAAGAAGAAAGAUAACACCAAAAGCAGCAAAGGAAAGAGAGCAGUGAUGGCUUGAGAAGAGAAAGUGUAUAACUACUUCAUGUAUAACAAUGUAAGUGUUUACUCUCUAUUCUUUGUGGCUUCCCGAAGAGAAAAUGUUUUAAUUCUUUUCAAAUUUGCGUAGACUGUCAUGUAUUUAUAACUAUAUAUUUAUUAUAUAUAUACACUACUUCUUUUGUUGCUAUUAGUUUUAAAUUUACAUUCUGUUCUUAACACUAGUUAUUUGUUUUAGAUUAGUGAUAUGGUCGUGAUACAAUUCUUGUUAAAACACUUUGUUUUCCGCUUUUCUGCGUUGAGUGAGUCUAGUUUUACCAGUAAGACGCAGUCGUUUUGCGUUUUCAAUUGCAUUUGUUUGUAGGAUUUAUGGUUUUAACUGCAUUUUGCACUUAGGAAUGUGUUAUUGCUGUGGUUAGUUUUUGCAUACUUGAUAUAAUGAACAGCUACGUUAGAU